GCCGCCCUACGCGAUCCUCGCCGCCAUACAACGCAACCGGAGGCUCUGCGCCCUCGGCACGACUCUAUAACUUGACACUAGUUUCCAUAUAUCGCGAGACGUAGGUCAUUUUCUGGUUAAAAACACAAAUCUAGUGGCACCUGUUUACGUUCGAACUGUUUAGCUGUAAACCAAAUUCAUUCGAAGUUAAUCGUGUGCUAACAGAUCGCGAAGGUUUCUUCUCUGCCCUUUCAACGUAUUCCGCUGGAAGCUACGAUUCCUUCGUCGAUCAUGAGCAAACGAUAGUUGAAACUCUGAAGUGUUGAGUGGUUUUUGAUUAACAUUAACUUGUUCACAAAUGAGUGCGUUAUCAUAUUAAGUGUUUGGUGCGAGUGCAACCAUGAGUUUCUUGACAUCAUUGGGCCAGUAUGUGGCGGGCGUAGCUGACAGUGUGGCCGGUCUGGCGCUAUCACCGCGGCGUGCACCGCCCUCACGACAUCGCUCUGCUGAGGAGGGUCAGGCACAACAACCUCCACCGUCAACCGCUACUAUGCGUGGAUUUCCUAGAGUUCUACCAACAGAAGGCGCUUCUGCCCUCGGUGCCCGGCGGCGCACUCUAGAUUGCUUGGCUCCAGCACCAGCUCAACGACGAGGUGGAUCACUCAGGGUGCCCCGUCAUCAAGCCCCACCUGAAAAACCCACGAUGGCAUUCUGCAAAAGACGUCUCUCUUGGCCAGAGGUCGAUAACUCUGUGAACUCGGGGGUUCAAGACACGGAUGGCUCUUACUUCGAAAGUUUCACGGCGCUGUCUUGGCGACAGGAGAACAGGCGGCUAGCAGCAUUGAGACUGGCCGAAGCUAGGGCAGAACGCCCACCACCCAUGCCCCAAGACCUUGGCCUGCCAAGUGUGUCUGCGCAACUUUCUCAUAAAGAACAUGAGCAUUUGUACACUGAGGGAGGGUUCAGCGAUCCAUAUUGCAUGUUGGGGAUUCAGCCGGCUUCUUUGCCGGCCUCACCUCGUGCAUCAGAGGACGAAGGCCGCAAGCACGGGUUCCGUCUCAGCUUCAAGCGAAGAGACGGUCGACAACAACGAGACAGUCUUGGUAGACUCCCGGCACGUUACAUCCGAGCCACGAGCGUACGACCACAUACGCUCUCACCAAAAUGGAAUGAAACCUUCAAAUUUGAUAUUGAUGACAUCUCAUCGGAUGUACUACAUCUGGACAUUUGGGACCACGACGACGAGAGCUCCGUACUAGAUGCUGUCUCUCGGCUGAACGAGGUCCGUGGAGUAAGGGGUCUUGGCCGCUUCUUUAAGCAAGUGUGUCAAAGCGCACGACAGGGAAGCCAGGAUGACUUUCUAGGAUGUGUGAACAUACCUCUGCGGGAGAUUCCGUCGACUGGCAUCGAAGCUUGGUACAAGUUGGAGGCACGCUCACAACGCUCUUCGGUUCAAGGACGAAUCCGCUUACGCCUCUGGUUAUCAGCUCGUGAGGCAGGCCGCCACGACGACGACAAUUGGCAACAGGUUCGUCAACACGAGCGCUUGUUCGGGGUUUUACUGUCGUAUGAAGUGGACACGGCGGGUAUGGUGAACGUAGUCGAGGGCGAAGCGAGCUCUGAGUGGGAAGGUGACUUAUGCGGGGCAGCUCAAACUCUUUUACAUCAACAUGCUAUACAAGGAGACAUGAGCGCGCUGCAAGCCGCCAUCGCCCGUUUCGCUGCGGCUUGUAAACUGAACUGCGAAGCUCCUCUCGAUCCCAAGUACAUGUACAAAUUGUUGACGGAGCUCGAACGAGCCUGGUGUGCGAGCGAGGCGGAGGCCGGCAGUUGCGCCGGGGAAAGCGCGUCGGGCCUCUCCCGCGACGAGGAACGCUGGCUCGCCGACUGCUUCGGAGAGUUUGUCGAACGCGGCCUGCAUCAGAUGCGACUCCACCGGGACCUCUAUCCGGUGCUCCACGGCAAUAGCUUGAACAAGUUGGAGUAUCUACUGCGGUGUCUCAGCCAGCUGUCACAGAUGAAAGCGUUUUGGCGUUGCUGUCCCUUCAAUAAGGAAAUCAGGAGUGAAAUUGUGAGUUCCCUGCGCAAAGGCACUUCGGAAUGGUACGAAGCGCUCUGUGCACAAGACACUGAGUCCGAGCGUGGCGAAGAUCUUGUGAACCUCAUCACACUAGUACAAAUAGAUCUUCAACAGGGGCUGACCUAUUAUCAUCCGUUGUUCGAAAUGACAAACAAUGUUCCGUACUUUAGCGUGGUUUUCAAUCAGAUCGACAAAAUGGUGACGGAAGACGUAAGGCAAUGCGUCGAGCACUGGGUGGGUGAAGGUUGGUGCGGUGUGGCUGAGGAAGAAUUAUAUGACGAACAUCAGAAUCCCAUGUGUAUAGUAUCAGCGAAGACGCUGCCAUUCGAGGUGUUGUCAGCGGUACGAGAGCUGUGCGCUGCAGCCGCCCCUGCGCCGCACUCGCCACACGAUCCACCACCGCACCUGUUACAUGCGUAUUUAUGGUUCGAGCCACUCAUCGAUCGUUGGCUGGCCGUCACCAAAACAAUGGCGCUACAGCGCGUGCGAGCCGCCGUCGAUCUGGAUCGUCCGGUUGAAGGGGAACAUCUCGUGAAGCAUAGUACUUCAUCAGUGGACACCGCAGCUUGUCUUUAUCACAUGAGAUUGGUCUGGCGAGCUAUUGGGGGAGCCGAGGAAGGUACUACUGGGGGCUCGCUGAGGCUCCUCGAGGCAGCCUGUGCUACUGCACUCCACUACACCGACUUAGUCCACGGACAACUCGCCGAUCAGGGAUAUUACGAGAACCACGGUCAAAACAAAACAACCGAGGAAAUAUGCACGAUCGUGAAUAAUCUGGAGUACGUCCGACGCUCGCUCUCUGAGUACGACGAUGAACACAUUGCCAGCGAUGAGAACUCCCGUCAGCUAGUGCGCGGUGCUCUGGGUACUCUGGACGCGCGAUCCGCUCGUGCUGCCGCCCCGCUGGCCGCAAGAGCACGGCCGCCUCUACGCAAGGCUGUGUUCCAUCUAGCGUGGUCACCCGACACGCUACCUACCAUACAGGCCAUAACUCCACUUUUGGAGUUCCUAGACCAGCACCUGUCAGCGUUGAAUACAUGGCUGCUUCCCCGUGCCUUCCUCCGAGCUCUUGCUGGUUGCUGGAGCGCCGUACUCAAGGAAGUGUCAACGCAAGCUGAUGCUGGCGGUGCUGAGAGACCUAGGGUGUACCAUCACAGACUGAGAGAGGCUCUUGACUUACUCGCCGAGUUCUUCCACGCUGAAGGAAAAGGCCUUCCGAUGACGGACGUCCACAACUUGGAAUGGGGUCGCGUAGAACAACGCAUGCAGUAUCAUCAGGCACCGACUGAGGAGUUGCUCGAAUUAUGGCUCGCCGACAGACUGGCUGAGCAGGCUCGGACACCAAUGCCUUCGCCAUAUGGAUCUAUACUUGUCAGAGUGUAUUUCAACCACGACUCGCUCUGCGUGGAGGUGUUGUCCGCGCGUGACGUGAUCCCUCUGGACCCGAACGGCCUCAGUGAUCCGUUCGUAGUGCUCGAACUUCUUCCGAAGCGACUCUUCCCUAAAGCCCACGAGCAAAGCACAAAUGUUCAGAAGAAAACUCUGAACCCCGUGUGGGACGAGUGCUUCGAGUUCGCGGUGUCGUUGGAGUCGUGUCGGUCGUCGCAAGCGGCGCUCGCUCUGUCCGUGUGGGACCGGGACGUCUUGACUGCAGACGACUUCGCCGGUGAGGCGUUUAUUCCGCUGUCGCGCGUCCCCGGGGUGCACACUCACGCGCCCCCCGACCCCCUGCGUCCCGUCGAGCUGCCCCUCAUGCAGCUCCAUGACAGGAAUCAUCCGAUAUUGCAGAUACUGGAAUCUCGCACCACCGAUAAGUUCGCCAUGGAUUUCGUUAAAAAACAAAAAUUGCGUUUUGCUGAACAGUAAAUUUUAUUUAUCCUUUAAGAUGCUACACUUCAAUGUCUGUAUUUACGCACAACAUCCUUUGAAUUUCGACAGAUUAGAAAGAAAAUCAAACCAUUAAAUUCGUUCAUAAUACUUCAAAAUAACAAGUUACGUUGUCAAUGUUGGAGUACAUAUUUAUUUCUUGAAUAAGAUGUAUGUAGUUGAACAUCAGUAUUAACGUUUAAAGUACUACAAAGACUGUUUGUAAUUCUUCUAUCCACGAGAGAAUAUGUAUAAAAUAUAAUAUGUGUAUGUGAAACUUUUAAUGCAUUUUUAUAUGUGUAUAGAAACUACGCACCCUCGGAGCUUAUGUCCUUAGCCGUUAGUCUCUAUUAGAAGUUCCCGACCAAGUACUUUAAGACUUGUAUCACUAUUUCUUAAAGUAUAAUCUAGACUUUGUAAAGUCCUAUUUUAAAUAGAUUUUACAUAAUCAAGCUCUAAAAGUAAAUAAACAAUUUUCCAAAUUUUUAAUAAACAUGAUAUUUUUUUCUUUCUUUUUAGAACUUCUAUAACGUGCCAAGUAAUAUUAUUUAUCGAGCAUACAUGCAUAUCUUGUAUACAUCUGCGUUGUUAUCUUUCAAACGUUAAUAAAUCAGAAUACGGGGUGUAUUGAAACCGUUCUCGAACGAAAACAGAUUUUAUUGUUAGCAUGUUACAAAUCUAAUAAAUCUAACCGAUUCAAAAUUAACGCAUGAAAAUAAAAUCACUGGUAUAAAAAAAUCAUUGUAAUGUGGCGGGUAGCCAUCAUACAACGCAAGAUAUUUGACAGAUGCCUGAAUCUCA